UCAGCCAGAGUUGGGAAUUGAGCACAAGUGAUAUAUAACUAAUCCAUAAAAUAUUUUAAACAGUUUGUGAUUAAGAUAUAUUGAGUAUGCAUAUUAUAAUAAGCAGUUAUAUAUUUAAGUCAUAUAAGAGUGCUGUAGAAAAAAAUUAUAUUUUAAAAUGAGAAUGGCUCUCUAAAACAACACAUGCCAAUAGUUACUCAAAGUGUUACAAUACCAGGAUAGUUUUUAAGUAAUAGAAAUAGACCACAUAGCUUUAAGUUAUUAUUGCAAAACCAGUGGCCAUUCUCUAGAUGAGUAAAAGCCUUACAUUAAAUACUUGAUUAAAAUAUUAAUAAAAUCACCAUUACCCAGUGUUUGCUUCUUAGUAUUGGAAACAUGUUUUCCACAAUAAUGUGGUUUUCUUAAAAAUUUGUUAUAUUGUUGUAAUGGUGAACAGCCUGCUGGCCACAGUGACUAUUAAGUAUGGUUACUACUUUCAUUUUAAUGACUAUUUUGGCUAUGAACACUAACUUGUUCAAACUAUAGGCAUAGAAACGUGGUAAUUGCACUGAGUUAGUAUUUGUGUAUAAAGAAACAAUAUAGCUAUAUUCCAUACACUUAUUUGACAUUCUUUUAUAACUGCAUUCUUCAUGAAUUGGUGGUAAAUCGAUGCUGUUAUAUGUAUUAAAAAAUAAGGUUUCCUGUGACCAAUGCCCCACUCCUUUAUAUCAAGGAUGUAAAAGUUGAAAAUAUUCUGACAGGAGAAUGAUUCUUGCUAGAAAUUGCUGAGGGUUUUCACUGGAGUAUAUUUUUAUAGUAUGCCUGUGUGUAGGCAUACACUGAGAACUCACAUGCAGCCUCUAUUUCUUGUCACAUAAAUCUUUAGAUGCUUUUGCUGUCUAGAUAACUUCCUAAGCCUCAACCAAGUGAUGCAGAAAUUAGAUUAACUUGGAGUUGCAGUCACUCAGCAUUAUCUGAGAUUUUGUGAACAAACUGAAAAAUAUUGACAGCAUAACUAUUUAGGUAAGUAUGUACAUAUGGCUGUAUAUGUAUAUGUGUGUGCAUGGUAUAUAAAUACACGUGUCUAUAUUACCAUACUAUACACAUAUGCAUGUACAGGUGAACAUAUAAUGAACAUGUGCAUGCUUCCUCUAAAAGAACAAUAUGACAUUUGACACAACUGCUGUCCAGUGUUCCCUGGAACAAUUCAGGUAGCUGUUUCUCAUUUUCUGAACUAAACAUUGAGCUCUAGGCUACAAAGAUAUGACCAUCACAACAGAAGUAUUCUGUGUAAAAAUUAUUUGCAAACUAGCCUAGCUUACGUUAUUUUGAGUUAUGUACUUACAAAAAUUAAAUACAUAUGGCUCAAUCUUUUAUGGGUGUCUCUUUACUUUCCUAAGAUAUAUCUUUGCUCUGCUUCAUGGAACUCAGUACAUUUUCCUCUCUAAUAAUGUUUUGAAAACUUCAAAUAUAUAGUUGAGUCUUCAGUCCUUCUCAAGUGAUGCCUGCAGAGAAAGCCUACAUGCUCUGGUAAACAAACAAACAAAUAAUAAACAAUUCUCAAGUGAAGAGAGUCAGAAAUUCCUUUAACUUCCAAUAUUGACUAUUUUUCCAGCGUAAUUGUGUUCAUUCUGAGUUCUACAUAUUUCUGGGUGACCUCCUCCCCACAGCACACAAGUUUUCUGAGUUUCUACUUCUCUUUCUCCCAAGACUUCCAGACUCCCCCAAGUGGAUAUCAGAGAAAUUUUGUCUGCUUCUUCUAAAAUAACCGACACUUCAUAAUGAGGUUUAAUCAAUACGCAUCAAGUAUUUUCUAAUUGAAGCAUGAUACAUGGAAAAUUUCUUUUUAUAUAAAUCUAACACUCCCCCGCUAUACCCUAUAAUUUAUAAUUCACUCACAUGACUGCCACCUCUUUUAGCAAGACUCCCCCAUUCUAUCUUCUUUGAAGAAGUGAAAUCAAACUGUCAGACUCAUUUAAGUACCAUAUUAUGGGUUAUGGGGAAGAGGCUGUCAUUGUUACCUAAAAUUCUAUAUAUAGGGCACACAUACUCGACCGUAUUUUAGUCUUGGCCCACGGAUAAACAAGAUAAACACAGCUUGUAUCGGACUGCAGUUUUCUCUGUCAUAGGGGGCAUCAGAAUGUCUGGAAUCUGCUUUAACCAAUUAAGCCUUUCAAAGCAAAAGGGAAAUAAAGCCUUCAGUAAAUCCAUUGAAGGCACCAUGUCCCAGACUCCCAUGCCUGGUAUCGAUCUUUUUAAGUGCCGACUAAUGAGUCCUAUGGUAGUAGCAGAUCUAUGGUGUGUGUAUCUGUGGUGCUCCCACUCCACCACCUCAAAGGAGCUAAACUUACACAGGUCAGUGGAUCACCUGGGAAGGGGUAGGGUAGAAGCAGUCCUUGCUGAUGGCUGCCUUGACCCUUUAAAAUCCAACCGGAAUCUCUGCUGAAGACCGCAGACCGGAUUCCCUACUUUCUGUGACAAGCGCAGGAGUUUGUGUGCAGCUUUUCCUUUCAGGUCGCUUCUAGGGCGAAGGCUUCUGUUUUUGUUCAGCACCUCUCUGGCAUGGGAGCUCCUGGCAGCGGCUUCUUUUGCCGCAAAGCAUCCUUUUCCUCUCAGCUUUGGCAAUUUAGGAAGAACUGAUGCUCCCAGGGGAGGUGGAUGAGGGGAGAGCGCCAGGAAUGGGAGCACAUCCAUCAGGAGUCCCUGCUUCUCCCUUCUCCCUACUUCCACUCUCGUCGCCACAAAUCCCCUCCCCCAAGCUCUUAGCACAUAGCAUUUGUGAUAUGUGUAACUGGGGGGCGCGGGGGUGCGGGGUAUUCCAUACAAAAGAUGCAUCAAAGCGCAGACUCCCCUAAGCCAAACCCAGAGGCACCUGGCACCUGCCCCGAUUCGCUGCAAUUGGAAGCGGAUGGCUUGGGUACUAAAUUAUUAAUUUAUUUAUUUCCCCUGCUCCCCCGCCCGCACUCCAACCCGCAGAGCAGAAGCUGCGGUCGCGUUGCUCCCCAACCCCCCAACCUCCGCCCGCACCUCGCAGGAGUCUCGCACUUGUAACCGGCCGUCGCCUCCCGGCCCCUGGCGGUCGCGACGCACUCCCACUCGUGGCCAGGCUGGCGCGGCCGUGGGUCCCGGCGGCGGGGGAGGCGGGGGGGAGGUGGCGGGUGACAGAUGUACUCCUCUGACAGCUCUCAGUAUCAGCCCAGUGGCUCCCUGCCAUUGGCUCAGUGCGAUGGACCAGCAACGCCGCGCACUAUAAUAACACUCAUGCCUGCCAGCGGCAGCGACUGCGAGUGCGGGCGCCCGGCGCGGGGGAUGCUGCGACCGCUGCCUCUGCCGCGCGGGCGGCUCCCGCUGCCCGGCUGCGCCCUACCGCGCGGGCUCUGACCGCUCCCGCCCGGUCCCGCCCGGCCCGGCCCCCCUUGUGGCUGCAUCCUCCCCAGGGGCUCCACGUCCCGGUUCCUAUCUCCAGGCGAGCACUGCGCCGGAGCCUAGGCGAGCGCGGCCGGCAUGCGGAGGCGGCAGGGCGCGCACCGCAGCCGGGCAUAAGGAACCCGCGUGCCCGCCGCCAGCGCACAGCCGGCCGCUCGCCCUGCCGCGAUCCCCAGCCCACCCUCCCGGCCCCGGCUGCGGCUGAGGGUGCGGGUGCGUGGAAGCGGCGGCUGCGGAGGAGAGGCGGCGGCUGCCCCAUGGAGUGUUACUACAUUGUCAUCAGCUCCACGCAUCUCAGCAACGGACACUUUCGCAACAUCAAGGGAGUUUUCCGGGGCCCUCUCAGCAAGAACGGGAACAAAACUCUGGACUAUGCUGAAAAGGAGAACACUAUUGCCAAAGCUCUGGAGGAUCUGAAGGCAAAUUUUUACUGUGAGCUUUGUGACAAGCAGUAUUAUAAGCAUCAGGAAUUUGACAAUCACAUUAACUCAUAUGACCACGCCCACAAACAGAGGCUCAAAGAACUGAAACAGAGAGAAUUUGCUCGAAAUGUAGCAUCUAAAUCCAGGAAGGAUGAAAGAAAACAGGAAAAGGCACUCCAACGUCUUCACAAGCUGGCCGAGCUAAGAAAGGAAACUGUGUGUGCUCCUGGAAGUGGCCCCAUGUUCAAGUCAACGACUGUUACCGUGAGAGAAAAUCUCAAUGAUGUUUCCCAAAGGGAGAGUGUAGAUCCAAUUAACAACCAGCAAGAUUUGAUUCCUAGUGAAGAGAAAGAGAGAGAUGGCACUACAGCUCUGGCAGAAACAGAAACUGCGAGUAACUGCACAGCAAAUAAUUGCCAGAUUGGGGAUCAAAGCCAGGCUGUCCACAGACACAGAAUUGGCUUCUCCUUUGCAUUUCCAAAGAAAGCCACGGUGAAGCUAGAAUCCUGCUCAGCUGCAGCCUUCUCGGAAUACAGCGAUGAAUCCUCUAUGGAGAAAGAAUUUAGCAGGAAAACUAGAUUUGUCCCCAGCACUUCUCAUCUUCAACUACCACCACCAACAUGUGAGCUUCUGAGCUCUGAGGAGAAAGGUAACUCUCCUCCACCCGAGGCCAUGUGUACUGACAAAGCAACUGCUCAAACUGAAGAGAGGAAAAUCACUUCUAAUGAAAACAACACACUGUUAACUUCUUCGUUUUGCCAGCUUCAACAUUACAUCCCUACAUGUUCUGAGGCAGAUACUUGCCAAAAUUUGGCACCAUUUGAAGACCAAUUACCAAUGGAAGCAGUUAUUGUGAAUGAAGAUGGACCUGUGAGUAAAAGCAACCCAAAUAUCAUAGAAAAGAAUCCCACUGUGCCUAAUGACCGCACAUCAGCACAGAUGACCACAGAGGAAAACAUCACAAUUAAUGAUGUGACCAAAAUGGAAACUAGAAAUAAAAUUGAUCAUGAGCCACUGACACCUUCAAGUACUAUAGAAGAAAGCAUAAGGUUGCAAAAAAGGCCAGAUCUAUGUAAGAGACAAUGUGACCCAUUUGUACCUGUACUUAACAAACUUGGAUCCACAGUGCUUCAGUGGCCAUCAGAAAUGCUUGCUUAUACAACUACAGAGCCAUCAAUAUCUUAUAGCUGUAAUCCACUCUGUUUUGACUUCAAGUCCACUAAAUUAAACAACAAUCAAGAUAAAAAUAAGCUAACUUUAAAUGACCUUUUCUCUGAACAGAAGGAGGACUGUUGUAAGGGAGCACAUGCUGACUGCAAAGAUGUUCCAAUUGCAAGAGUAACAAAUGAUGAAACUGGCCAUAGUAAAAAUGAUUACCCUCAAGUUACUACACUUUCGCCUGUCCACGUUUUGUCUAAUGGCUGUGAUUUAGGACAAAAUGAGAAUGUGGGUCAGAGGUAUAAACAUAUUUCCUGUACAAACAGACAAACAAACAAAUACAAAUUUACUAGAUGUCAAAUUAAACGAGACAUGCUAAAUGAGAAAUACGACAAAAUGAGGUUGAAGGAAACCCGUGAGCACUGGUUCCAUAAAAGUAGAAGAAAGAAAAAGAGAAGAAAGUUAUGUCGGUAUCAUCCUGGGAAGUCAAGCAAAGAACCUGAAGGGUCUGGCAAAACAGAAAGGAGCAGACAACGCACUGAUGAGGCCAGGAAGAAUCCACGGGAGCCAGUUCUGGAAAAACAUCCAAGGAGUCCAGAGAGAGCGUCAGACCUACACCAGCUGCCAGAUGAAAGACCCAAAGCAGCCUCUACACAUUUAGGAGAAAAAGAAACAAUGAACACAACAGUGAACACUGAAUCCAAUGAUGCUGCUCCUGGUUCUCAAAACUGUGGAGGAAAAAAUGCAACAGUUGUAAAUGAACAAGCAAAGCCACUAGUGAUACAUUCUGUGAAACAAAAUUUAACAUAUGUCAGAACUUACUGUUGUUGGAAAGCCAGAACAUCCAGAUAUCAAGAGGAUGAUGGGAGCUUGGCUUCUCAAAGUAAUGUGAAAGGCCCAACUCAGAAUCAGCCUGUUAAAAGAGGUUAUAGUUCUCUCACAAAUGACUCAGAAAGAAUUCAUCGGAAACGCAGACAGCAUUCAUGUUCUUACUCGUCAGAUGAAAGUUUAAAUCAACAACAUCAUUUAGGAGAAUACUUGAAGCCACUAAGUACUUCACUCAUUUCCUGUCAGCCUAAGAAGAAACGAAGGAGAAAAAGAAGCCGACUCCACAUUGGAGAUGGAACUACGAAAAUGAAAGGCAAUUCAAAUUAUCCCAUGAAGUGUAGUUCUUUGAGUCAACCAGAUGAGUUAGCAAAGGACUGCAUAAAAGAGGACAUAAAUCCACAAGAAAAUGUAAGUAUCGAGAAGAACUCAGAGCAAACAGAGCAAACAGAAAUCAAAGGGAUGCUCCAUCCUUAUAAUCCACUUCUUUCUGAACCCAGUGGAGAAGGUGAGCAUUCAGUAACAGAGACUACGCCAUGUGACUCAUCGCAGACUUCCAAUGAUCUUGCUACACCUGUGAAUGUCACAAGGGACCCAUCAAAUAGCACCACUGACAAUACCUUGCUUGAACACAAUCAAAGAAGUCAGACUACAAACAGUAACGAAAAACAAACUCCUUUCAAGGUGACUAAUCCCGAAAGGAACUUUAGACACUCACAGGCAAAGUCGUACAUUUGCCGAUAUGAGCUGGCCGAGACCAUUCCACAGGGAAAGACGAAUGAGGCAUCAACAGAGUGGCUAUGUUAUAAUUCAGGAAUCCUUAACACACAACCACCAUUGCAGUUCAAGGAAGCACACGUCAGCGGCCAUGCUUUUGUUACAACAGAGCAAAUCCUGGCUCCAUUGCCUUUACCAGAGCAAGCUUUAUUGAUUCCACUAGAAAACCACGACAAGUUAAAACAUCUACCAUGUGAGGUCUACCAGCACAUCAUUCAGCCGAACAUGCUAACCAACAAGGUCAAAUUUACCUUUCCUCCGCCUCCCCUGCCUCCUCCCAGCACUCCAGUGCAGCCUUUGCCUUUGCAGCGGCCCUUUUGUUCUACCUCUGUAACCACUAUCCAUCACACUGUUUUGCAGCUGCAGGAACCUUCAAAGUGCUUCAGCCACACCAACAGUUCCUUCCCCAGGUCCCUGCUCUUGCCAGAACAUCUAUACCUCAGAUCUCCGUAGGAACUGUAGGACCUAGGCUUUGUCCUGGCGGUCAGCCAGCUUUGGUUGCUUCUCCUCAGAUGCCAAUCAUCCCUGCAUCCGUUCUUCACCCCAGCCCCUUGGCUUUUCCUCCCUUACCCCAUUCAUUCUUUCCCUCAUUGCUUUCACCACAUCCAACUGUCAUUCCCCUCCAGCCCCUCUUCUAGUCACCACCAUAAAGGAAAAAGGACAUGUGUAUGAGUAGGUGUUCAUCUAUGUGCAUAAUUGGCUAUUUAUUGGACAAAAUAAACUGGCCAAAGAUGGCCUUAUUUCAAAACAUUGACUGUAAGUGUAACGAUGCUAAUAAAUUAUUAAAGUUUCUGAUAUAUAAUAUUAUUAAAGCACUGAAUAGUUUGAGAAUCAAUAUAAUAUAUGCUGUAUAUUAAAAUGAUGUCUUAAGAGUAUGUAUAAUGUACAUAAAAUAUAUUUAUAGUACUGUAAUUUAUGUUGUAAAGUAUGCUCCUUGUUUUUUCUAAUCUUUGUGUAUUUGCACCUAUUUAAUGUUUAGACAAAGCUGAUGACCCUAUUUGUUUUGUACCAUGUACCUUGAAACUGUAAAUUCAGUGAAAUAUAUCUCUUGCAAUAAAUUUUUGUUAAUUAUUUAAGUAAAUCAAA